AUGACAAAAAUGAGGAGCGAUAGAUUGAAAAUUGUGUUCAUGUUGUGUCUGGCAUUUGUCACUUCAGGAGGAAAAUAUUUUGAAAGUAAAGUGGCCCAGUUAAUCCGAGAUGAAACCGAGGAUAUUAAAUGUUUUGUGGAGGGGAAAAAGGACUUCACUUGCUUCUGGGAAAAGGAGGACGGGACGAAUUAUUCACAAGAUAACUAUACCUUCACAUAUACAUACAUGAAUGAGAACAAGAUGGAUUGUGCGGUUUCAUCUUUGUUUUUACUGAGCAGCAACAGAAGCGUCUUCUUCUGCAAACUGCCCAAAGCCCUGUUCUUCACCUCUCUGGACGUGCAGGUUCUCCGUGAUGGUCAGAUGCUGUAUAAUCGUAGCCUCAAUGUUGAGAACAUCUUGUUGACGGAUCCUCCCAGAAACGUCACAGUCUGGAGCUCGGGGAAGGAAGGGCAGCUGAACGUGAGCUGGCUGCCUCCUGCAGUCAAAUACAUUGAUGACAGUUUGAUUUAUGAGGUCAGAUACGCUGUGGAGGACAGUCACAUGGGCAAGGUGGAGGAGACCAAAGCCAGCACCAUGCUGGUUUUGCGUGGUUUACAGCCCGACACCAGAUACAAGGUGUGGGUCCGUGUCAAACCGGACGGCGUUUCUUAUAAAGGCUACUGGAGUUCUUGGACCAGUCCUGUGAUUGCAGUCACACCACCAGGCAGCAUGGAUCCGCUGAUUGUGCUGCUGGUGGUUUUCAUCAUACUGAUCCUCUGUCUCCUCUCUAUGACUGUGAUUCUGUCUCACCACAAGUUUCUUCUGAAGAAACUGUGGCCUGACAUACCAACACCAGAGCACAAGUUUCCGGGUCUUUUUACUGUCUAUAAAGGGGAUUUUAAGGAGUGGAUGAGCCAGAACAGCGGCAGCAUGUGGACGAGAUCAGUCCAAAUGUACACCGAAGAGCUUCCUUCCCCGCUGGAGGUGUUAUCCGAGGUCAGUCUGUCCCCAUUAGACGAGAGGAAGCUUGUGCGGGACGAGGACCAUUGUUCAGACUCGGGGCUGACAGAGCCUCCUCAUUGGCUCAUGGAGCAGCUGAGGGCGCUUCAAGAAAACACUGAGUCCCUCUCUCGGUCCACACUACUGCAGUCCCAUGACACCUACAUCACUUUAAACCACAGCUCUGGUGGUCAGCGGGAGGACGAUGUUUUUGAGGAAACGCUCCCGCUCCAAACACUUUUCACCAGCGCAGGAACGUCCUCUCUAAACGCCUCGCACUCAGAUUUGGGCUCGCUCCGGCAGAGCUCAGCGUCAGGCCGGCUGUCCUCGCAGUCUAGCUUUGAGGAUCCCAACCACCCAUGGCCCCCGAAAGGGCCGGGAUACGCUUAUAUGGCGGUGGCGGAUUCCGGGGUGUCCAUGGAUUACAGUCCGAUGAGCUCCAGCCGGAUCAUCGAGAUCGGGAAACGCAGCUUUUACGCCAACGAAUACAAAAACGAGAUCUUUGGAUACAAGUGGCCGUUCUCUGCUCAACAAGUCCAGUCUGGAUACUGA